AUGCCUCUCCUAUCCCUCCCAGUUGAGAUCCUUCUCAUCGUCAUCCAGAGCCUGGAUGACCCAAGUCUCUCCGCUCUCACUCGCACCAACAAGCGACUACAUGCCUACUUCACGAAUGAGCUCUAUCGCCGCAGUCUCAAAACCGACGGCUGGGCACUCCACUGGGCAAGUUACAAUAACCAAGUUGGGACAGCCCGACGGUUUCUCAAGCUUGGCGGCAGUCCCAACGUCUGGUAUCGACGUGACUACGACUCGCCAUACGUACCACUCUCACUGCCCUUGAUCGGGUCUGUUCUGAGGAACGACCUUGAAAUGGCGACUCUUCUCCUGGGUUACGGCGCAAAUGUGGAUAUGCAAGACUGUUGCGGUGCCACGGCUUUAUACAUGGCAUCCAAGCUGCGCCACCAGUCGAUGGUGCACCUCCUUCUCGACAACGGAGCCAAUAUCAUUUUCUCCUAUGGAUUCCAUCACCGCCAAUAUGAGAUCGAGAAACGUCUGGAAACAUGCUUUCCCUCCCUUUUUGAUUCUCUCAAGCGGGGUGUACCGAUGGGCCCAGCAGAGCUACCGCAUGGAGAGGUGCCAUAA